CGCCACGAAAGAAGAGAAGAGGGAUUGAGACUACGAGAAAAAAGAAGAAGAAGAAAAAAAAGGAUCUCGGCUUGUCCAGCCCUUCUGCGGCAACAGGAGCAGACAGCGAACCCGGUGGAUUUUUUUUUUUUUUCCCCCUUCUUCAGCGUUUCUUUUCCAGCGCAAGGACUUCCACUCAGGAAAAAAAAAAAAAAAAAACAACAAAACAACCAAAACCACAGAGACCGAACACAAAAAAAGCAAGACUAAUAAUGAACAAUCCUGUUAAUCCGCUGUCCCGAGGGCUGGGGAUGUGCCCCGGCUCGGGAAGUUGUAGGCUGUAGAAGUUCUGCCUCUCCCCCAUGUACUGUGCUGUCUAGAGCUUGUUUCCCCCCACCCUAUUUUUUGGUGCUUUAUUGCUGUUAUUGUUAUUAUCUUAAUUUUUCUUCUUCAUGGUGUGCUGUUAGAAACCACUCCGGGACUACUCCAGCAGUAGGAAGACCGAGGAGUGGAGUGGAUGAAUAUACCGAUGAGAGAUCCAGUAAUCCCUGGGACAAGCAUGGCUUAUCAUCCUUUUUUACCUCAUCGGGCACCGGACUUUGCCAUGAGCGCUGUGUUGGGACAUCAGCCUCCCUUCUUCCCGGCUCUGGCUUUGCCUCCCAACGGGGCGGCCGCCCUCUCCCUUCCCGGGGCUCUGGCUAAACCCAUCAUGGAUCAGUUAGUGGGGGCUGCAGAGACUGGUAUCCCCUUUUCUUCCCUGGGUCACCAGGCAGCAGCCCAUCUGAGGCCUUUAAAAACUCUGGAGCCAGAAGAAGAGGUGGAAGAUGACCCGAAAGUGCAUCUGGAAGCCAAAGAGCUUUGGGAGCAAUUCCAUAAAAGAGGCACGGAGAUGGUGAUUACCAAAUCGGGAAGGAGAAUGUUUCCUCCAUUUAAAGUGAGAUGCACUGGACUGGAUAAAAAGGCCAAGUACAUUUUAUUGAUGGAUAUUGUGGCGGCUGAUGAUUGUAGGUACAAAUUCCAUAAUUCCCGGUGGAUGGUAGCCGGCAAAGCUGACCCUGAAAUGCCAAAGAGAAUGUACAUCCACCCGGACAGCCCGGCCACCGGCGAACAAUGGAUGUCCAAAGUCGUCACCUUUCACAAGCUGAAGCUCACUAACAACAUCUCUGACAAGCACGGCUUUGUGAGCGUGUGCACCAUUUUAAACUCCAUGCACAAGUACCAGCCCCGGUUCCACAUCGUCCGAGCCAACGAUAUUCUCAAGCUUCCCUAUAGCACGUUCAGGACCUACGUUUUCCCGGAGACUGAAUUCAUCGCAGUGACCGCAUACCAGAAUGAUAAGAUCACUCAAUUAAAAAUUGACAACAACCCCUUUGCCAAAGGUUUUCGAGACACCGGGAAUGGAAGGAGGGAAAAAAGGAAGCAGCUGACCCUGCAGUCCAUGCGGGUGUACGACGAGAGGCAGAAGAAGGAAAACCCCACCUCGGACGAGUCGUCCAACGAGCAGACGGCCUUCAAGUGCUUCGCCCAGUCCUCCUGCCCCGCCGUGCCCGCCGUCGGCACCUCCAGCCUCAAAGAUCUCUGCCCCAGCGAGGGAGACAGCGAUGCAGACAGCAAAGACGAUCCCUUGCUAGAAGCCAACGAGUCGGGCAAAAUCAGCACGACCACCGCCACCACCCCAGCGCCGGCCAGCUCCGCCGCGGCCGCGGGAGACGACCCCCGGGAGAAGGGGGGCAGCCCCUCCAAAAGCCACUUUUUCCCCGGUGACUCGGCGGGGAGUCGGAGCCGAGAGAGGACGGAGAAAGCCCCUCCGGACUCCCGGCACAGCCCGUCUACUAUCUCUUCCAGCACCCGGGGGGGAAGCCUGAGCGGCGAGGAACUAAAAAGCCCCCUCAGGGAUGGUCCCAAAGUAGAUGAGAACCGGCUGCUGGGUAAAGAGCCCUUCGCCCCCCUCACGGUCCAGACCGACAGCACGGCCCACCUGAGCCAGGGACACUUGCAGAACCUCGGCUUCCCCCCUGCCCUGGCCGGCCAGCAGUUCUUCAACCCGCUGGGGAACGGGCACCCGCUACUGCUGCACCCCGGGCAGUUCGCCAUGGGGGGGGCUUUCUCCGGCAUGGCCGCGGGUAUGGGGCCGCUGCUCGCCACCGUCUCCGGGGCAUCCGCCGGUGUCUCGGGACUGGACAACACGGUCAUGGCCACGGCGGCGGCCCAGGGACUCUCGGGAGCAUCGGCGGCUGCUUUGCCUUUCCAUCUGCAGCAGCACGUCCUGGCUUCUCAGGGCCUGGCCAUGUCUCCCUUCGGAAGCCUCUUCCCCUACCCGUACACCUACAUGGCGGCGGCGGCCGCCGCCUCCAGCGCCGCCUCCAGCUCGGUGCACCGGCACCCCUUCCUCAACGCCGUGCGGCCGCGGCUCCGCUACAGCCCCUACCCGCUGCCCGUCCCCCUGCCCGACGGCAGCAGCCUCCUCACCACCGCCCUGCCCGGCCUGGCCGCCGGCUCCGGCGAGGGCAAAGCGGGGGGGUUGACCACCAGCCCCGGUUCCGUGCCCCUGGACUCCGCCUCGGACCUCACCAGCCGCUCAUCCACCCUCUCCUCCGGGUCCGUCUCCCUCUCCCCCAAACUGGGUGCAGACAAGGAGGCGGCCACCAGCGAACUGCAAAACAUCCAGCGCCUGGUCAGUGGGCUCGACCCCAAGCAGGACAGAUCCCGUAGCGGCUCCCCGUAACCCCCCCGCCCUCCGGGAGCUCAUUUCAAAUCAGUCUCGCAGUGCACUUUGUUUGAAAGAAACCACAUCCUCCAACCCGCGAGUGUUUUUUUUUUUACCCCCCUCCUUUAUUUUGGUGUUUUUUUUCCUUCCCCUUUCUAUUUUUUUUUUUUUUAAAUAUAAAAUCCCCCGGCGUUGUGUGCGCGCUUGUCAACAAAAAGGUAUCCGGCGAAGCAGA